AUUCCCGAGGAUAUGCACGUGUGGCCUGGGGCGAGAUGAUAUUGACCAUCGCUGACAAGGAGAAAUGGGCCCAUACAGAGCACAACGAGUAUCGCAGAAAGUGCGAUAUCUUGGGCAAGCUACCCUUGGAGCUCGUCCCUCUUGUCGCAAGGUCCUUGAGGCUUUCAGAACUCCUUCACCUUCAAAGGGUAUCACGCCGCUGGAGCCAGGUUCUAUCCCCGUGCGCGGUACGUUUGGAUGCACUUCGAGCCACAUUGGGGGGCUCCGUGUUGGCCUGGAUCAAUGGUUUGGAUGAUGCAGCAGCUGAGGCGACUCUCUUCUCUUUCAUGAGGAGAAGAGUCCGGCUAGAGCGGGGAAUCCCCGCGCGUAGCUAUACUGCCGGGUACCUGCCAAGUUCGUUGGUGACUGGUAUGAGCUAUUCGAACGGUACAUGUGCAUGGAUCGAUUGGAGCGGCCAAUCUAGCCACCGAAAUAUCAUUAAACUCUUGGACCUGGAGUCUGGUAUGAUAACGCAGCUGACCACAGGAGGAAACGGAACCGAGACCCAUCUGGCGAUCCUUCAUCUCACCGAUACGCUUAUUGCAGCUACCGCGGAGGAUGGGCCUUGCUAUGUUUGGGGUCGCAGCAGCUAUGAGCACAAGUCGUUUCAAAUCCCGAGGCACGACCUUCCCGUCCACGUUGUGAUCAAUGGAACAAAGGUCAUAGUCACUUGGAUUCAUCUUUCGGGUCUUACCCAACCACAUAAAGGUGUUCACUGGUGCUUUGAUUCAGGUGUUUGCGCGGCCCUUUGA